UCUGUUGACAGUUGGGUUUUGGUUUGUUUCAUAAUUCAGUUUGUAUGUACAGAUCCAUGUCAUGGUUUCGUUUCCUUGUGGAUCUGGUAGCUGAAUAUGAUUUUCUGAUUCUAUUUUAUUAACACAAAAUUUUUAGUGUUCUUGAGGUUGUCUUUCAUAUGCUUAUAAGUGGAAUUGCAUAAUUUAUUUGAAAACUACUUUUCUUCAGUUCGAGAUCUGUAAUUCCUUUUGUCAAUGGAUUCCAUAGAUCUAUAUUUUCAAUUCUUUUAUGUGUAUCCAGAAGAAUCAUAUUCGUAUUAUGUUAAAGUUGAAGCCACAUCGAUCCAGAUCUUGAAGUUGAUUGCACUGCUUAGUUCCAGAUAGCUGAAAUUAGUUCUGGAUGUCUGUAUAGUUCAGUUUCUUUUAGCAUUCAAGGCUAUCAAUUCCUUAAUAUAUAAAAAUGGUGAAAAUUUGCUGUAUUGGAGCUGGCUAUGUUGGUGGCCCCACCAUGGCUGUGAUUGCUUUGAAGUGCCCAGAAAUUGAAGUAGCUGUGGUUGAUAUUUCUGUGGCGCGUAUCAAUGCCUGGAAUAGCGACCAGCUCCCCAUCUAUGAACCAGGUCUUGACGAUGUUGUGAAGGAGUGUAGAGGAAGAAACCUUUUCUUUAGCACUGAUGUUGAGAAACAUGUUUCGGAGGCUGAUAUAGUCUUCGUGUCAGUUAACACCCCAACCAAAACCCAAGGGCUUGGAGCUGGAAAAGCUGCAGAUUUGACUUAUUGGGAGAGUGCUGCUCGAAUGAUUGCAGAUGUAUCAAAAUCUGACAAAAUUGUUGUUGAGAAAUCAACAGUCCCUGUGAAAACAGCUGAGGCAAUUGAGAAGAUAUUGACCCACAACAGCAAAGGCAUCAACUUUCAAAUUCUCUCUAACCCUGAAUUCCUUGCCGAAGGAACUGCAAUUUCAGACCUUUUUAAACCAGACCGUGUGCUUAUUGGUGGUAGGGAGACUCCAGAAGGGCAAAAAGCAAUCCAAGCAUUGAGAGAUGUUUAUGCCCAUUGGGUCCCUGUGGAACAGAUCAUAUGCACCAAUCUGUGGUCUGCUGAGCUCUCAAAACUAGCUGCAAAUGCCUUUUUGGCACAGAGGAUUUCCUCUGUUAAUGCUAUGUCAGCUCUGUGUGAGGCCACUGGUGCAGAUGUCACUCAAGUGUCACAUGCUGUUGGCAAGGACACAAGAAUCGGGCCUAAGUUCUUGAAUGCCAGUGUAGGAUUUGGUGGAUCUUGUUUCCAGAAAGAUAUCUUGAACUUGGUCUACAUUUGUGAGUGCAAUGGCCUUCCUGAGGUUGCAAAUUACUGGAAACAGGUUAUCAAGGUGAAUGACUACCAAAAGAACCGUUUUGUGAAUCGGGUGGUUUCUUCUAUGUUUAACACAGUGUCAGGUAAGAAGAUUGCAAUUUUAGGAUUUGCUUUCAAGAAAGAUACCGGUGAUACUAGGGAGACCCCAGCUAUUGAUGUUUGCAAGGGCUUAUUGGGUGACAAAGCUCAAUUGAGCAUAUAUGACCCACAGGUUUCAGAAGACCAGAUUCAAAGGGACCUCUCUAUGAAGAAAUUUGAUUGGGAUCAUCCCAUUCAUCUACAGCCAUUGAGUCCAACUUCUGUUAAGCAAGUUAGUUGUGUUUGGGAUGCUUACGAGGCAACAAAGGGUGCUCAUGGUAUCUGCAUUCUAACUGAGUGGGAUGAGUUCAAAACUCUUGAUUAUGAGAGGAUCUACGAAAACAUGCAGAAGCCUGCAUUUGUGUUCGAUGGACGUAAUAUUGUGGAUGCUGAUAAGCUGAGGCAAAUAGGGUUUAUCGUUUACGCCAUUGGUAAGCCACUGGAUCCAUGGUUGAAGGACAUGCCUGCUAUUGCAUAAACCUCCCUGGAAAUUGAAGUGGCUUGUGGCGGUUGUUGUUGACUCAUAUACCAGAGGCAUUAUAAUCUUUUAAAUUUUUUUGGUCCCUCUUUAGCCCUAAUAUGUUCUAGUUUUGCAAUUUAGUCAUUUACUGUUUAGUAGUGGAUUUCAUUAAACAAUUAUAUCCGGGUCCCUCUCCAUUUGAAUAUUUUCUUAUUUGCUUAAUGUAAUAAAGCAGAAUAUUGGGAAAUUAUAGUACUCUUUCAGAAUGAUCUUUCCA